AUUUUUUUUUUACUGGAGCACACUCCGGGGGCCAGUCCAAAGCAACUCGGGGACCGGAUUCGGCCCGCGGGACGCCUAUUGAAGAGCCCUGCCAUACACCAAAGGAUAAACGCCCUGUUUUAUAAAUAAUGCGCACCAGGCACCAGCGGUGAUUGAGAAUUGUGCGACACACUGCGCUGCGGAUCUACGGAUGCCGCUGAAGCUCUCGCAGAGAGACGAUGUCCUGGCUCAUUAAGAUGGCUGGUUCUGCAGCUCACACUUGUGGGAUAUUCCUGCACUACAGCAGAAAGACUUAUUUUCUCCUCUGUGACUAGAAGCAAGCGCGUGUGCGUGUGGACGACCGUCCUCUGUUAUGCUCAGCCUGCAGGUUUUAGUUGCUGAGAUGAAUCCGCUCUACAUCGUGAUUGAAGUGGUCAUUGCUGUUCUCUCCAUAUCGGGCAACGUGCUGGUGUGCUGGGCCGUCGCGAUCAACACCACUCUGAAGAACGCCACCAACUACUUUCUGGUGUCUCUGGCUGUGGCUGAUAUUCUGGUGGGGUGCCUCGCCAUCCCCUUUGCAAUAACCAUCAGCCUCGGCAUACAUCUGGACUUCUACGGAUGCCUCUUCUUGGCCUGUUUUGUCUUGGUACUGACACAAAGCUCCAUCUUCAGCCUCCUGGCUAUUGCUAUUGAUCGAUAUGUGGCCAUCAAAAUUCCUCUGAGGUACAAGGAGCUGAUGACGGGGAAGACGGCCAGAGAGAUCAUCGCCAUCCUCUGGAUCCUCUCCUUCGUCAUCGGCCUCAUCCCCUUCUUCGGCUGGAACUUGAAGUCCAAGAGCUGCGGGAACAGAAGCUCCGGGGCGGACAACGCCACGAGCGCCGGCCUCGCGUCGGAGCCGAGGGCCGCCGGAGACUUCCUUCAGAGCUGCGAGACCAAGUGCUUGUUUGAGAGCGUGGUCGACAUGCAGUACAUGGUCUACUUUAACUUCUUUGUGUGCGUGCUGCCCCCGCUGCUCAUCAUGCUGGGCAUUUACCUGAAGAUCUUCACCGUGGCCAGGAAGCAGCUGAGGCUGAUCGAGCUCAAGUGCGUGGGCAACGGGGACAGCCAGAACCACGGGCUGCUGCAGAAAGAGAUCCGGGCGGCCAAAUCCCUCUCCAUCAUCGUGGGACUGUUCGCCGUCUGCUGGCUGCCCGUCCACGUCCUCAACUGCAUCACGCUGUUUUACAAGCAGCCGCAAAAGCACGAGAUCGGCAUGUACGUCGCCAUCAUCCUGUCGCACGCCAACUCCGCGGUCAACCCCAUCAUCUACGCUUACCGCAUCCAGGACUUCCGGAACACCUUCCGCAAGAUCCUGACCCGGCACUUCCUCUGCCGCCGGGAGGAGCCGUACCUGAGCUCCAACGGCAGCAGACGCACCAGAGACCAGAUCCACGUGACCAUCGACCCUCUGCUAUAGAGAGAGCUCCAUGUGUCGCUUUCAUUUACACUGAGGUCGAUAUGUUUACAGAGCGAGGGCAAGAUGUGAAGAACCGAUGUCAAACGCGCCUUGAAUGUGGACAUUUAUUUAUGAGUCAGGCAGUGUGAUGUUGAGUGGAGAGUCUUAUGUGACCCUUUUAUUGUGAAGGAUUUCUGACUUUUAUGUCAUGUUGAAGCUAAUUGGAUUUGUGGACUGUGAAAGGAUCCAAACUACAUUCUAAGAUGCUAUUUAUCUUUCUGAAUCUCAACUCUAAACACUCCUUUUUGCUCUGGUAUUUUAUGUCAGUGUUUUAAUUUAUUUAUUUGAAGAUCAAAAUCACUUUGUGUGGCUAGAUUUGUACUUGUGGAUCGACAGUGGUAGUCGUCCAUAUUUAGGUUAUUUCUUGGCUGGUUUCCCCUCCGUAAACUCACGACCGUCACUGGAUCGAUAUACAAGAAGGUUUUCUCUAUCGAUACUAUUUUUAUAGCAGAGAUGUGAGUUAUUGCUUCAACUAAGUGCCAGUGUUGUUCCGCUGCUACACCUGCGUCGACAGCGGGAUCAGAAACGACCCUCAGACAUACUUAAUUACAAGUGGGGAGGAGAUGCAGGACACGAGACAGGAAGGCGUUGCCCGUCCCGUGAAUCAUCUCCCGUCCCCAAAUGACCCCCUGUGGCUCAGAACAUUGUUGUGGCCCCUAAAUAAACAGCACGAGUCACACAGACCCAGACAAAAGAAGCAGUUUAGCGAAACACACCGGCGGCGGGGCGCCAUAUCGUUUCCAUGUUGACAUUUCUUCAGCCAAAAGCUCAGGAAGUGGGGAGAUGAUGGGAACCUUUAUAGAACAUGGCAUUUUGCUUUGAGCCGUCAACGGCACAUUUGACACUUCAAAUCAAUGCAAUUUACGUUUCUCUGCCCUCCUCACCCAAGCUUCUGGUACACAUGUAUUUAAUGGCUUACAUCGCAUAAAGCACCAUUUACAUUGCCCCCCCCCCCUCUCAGACACAGCUGGGCCCCCGAGGCUCUCAUCGGUCCUCCAACAAGCUGCAGGGUUCAAAGACGCACUUUCCUUUGUUUAAGACGCUCCUGUUUAAAGGAACAAGCCUCGAAAACAUGUUGCACUAAGGACUCAAUUUGCUUUACUCUCGAAUGCUAGUAAAAGAAUGUCCAGCUGAAGCCCAAAUAAAACAUCAUUUUGAAUCAGGUAACAAUGAUGAAAUGUUUUCUGAGGAACAAAUUCUUCCUCCUUUGCACUCGACGGUGCUCGUCUGCAGCGUCGAGGUUUCACAAUCUUGAGCUUUGUCCGUUUCUCUUGGUCAUCGGCAUUAUUGUGAAUGCUCCGGUGAGCUUAUACAACUUAAUACAUCUGCGUGGGGGUGAUUAAGCACACACACUAAAUGAAUUAAAGCAGUUUUGUUUGGAGCGUAACUUGAGAAAAAAAAACAAAGGUCACCUCGGAGCUUAACUACACAAAUCAAAACACAUUGCACUGAUAUUUUGUGUGAUUCCCCGUUGGGUGGGCUUUAUUGGUGGUCGUGUUGGUGUUUCAGAAGCCUCCGCUGCUUCACCGUCGCCCGUCAUUUGCCGUUGUGUCCAGUGUCCCACCUCUAACGAACUCCAAGGGCUAAAUACAGGAGUGUGCCAAAGUUUUAGUACAUUCCAAUGGAGACAUCGAUACUGUAACCGCGCUGUACUGUUGUGUCAAUGUCUGUGUUUAUUGAUGUGUAACAAUACGUACUGGAGGUGUCCAACUUUCUACAUUGAUGUCAAACAAUUGCCUUCUUUUGUGAUUUUAAAAAGGUGAGAUGGACAAUACCACGUUGAUCCGGUUCAACAUUCCUGCCUCUCAUCCCGAAGCCCAUCAGUCUGUCGUAUGCUACGUGUUGAGGCUCCGCCUCCCGAGAGGCCAUUCUGUCUGAACUGCAAGUGCGAACCGAUACUGCUAUUUAACAUGAUGCAACCUGUAUGUAUGGUGAAUUAUUUUGUUGAUAAAAGGCAAUGUUUAUAUUGUCACAGAUCA